AUGUCACCUUACCGCAGCGCCUCUGUGUCAAUGCAUCCUUCAGCAUUGAACCUCAGUGACAAUACCCUCUUCCGGCAGAGUCCCAGUUUGAAUGGGCCCUUCGAGAAAAGUCUCAUUGUCAGUGAACUCUUCCUGCAGGGCCUCAAUAUCAAUGCCUUCUUCCCGCAGGGUCAGAGUGAAAAAUGUCCUCUUCCCACAGGGUCUCAGUUUAAAUGGGCCCCUGCAGUAUGUGUCAAUGCCUUCUUCCCGCAGGAUCUCAGUGACAAUGGCCUCUUCCCGCAAGGUCUCAGUUUCGUUGGACCCUUCCAGUUGCAACACUAUCUAUCUAUCUUAGCUAGUUAUCUCAAUGUCUUCAUAUCUAUCUAUCUAUCUAUCUAUCUAUCUGUUGUAUGGCAACGUGGUUCAGAUAUUCAUUUGAUUAAUAAUAAUCGAUUAAUGUCUACCGUUUCAUUAUUCUUCAGUAAAAGGAACUGUGUUUGUCAUGUACGUCGGAUGCUGGUGCGGUCACAGACUUUUUGCUACUCUUCGAAGAAUCUACACUGUGACCGUUGGACGGCAAAUGUGACGUCACUUCCGCCACGCGCCCGCGUUUCUCAUCGGAAGGCGAAUACUGCUUCUUAUCGGCAUUGUGAGACCCACCAGCGUCGGAAUCCAGAUUACUUUCAGCACCGUCUUCCCCGAUUUCUUCUUUUCGGUUAUUUCUUUUCGGAGAGUCUGCUGCCUCCGUACUUAACUCCUCUCCGCCAUUAUUAUUGGCGGUGGACUGAUGAUGCUGCUGCUGAUGAUGCGUUUUACUUAGAGAAGGUCGCUUAUGCACUUUACUUUCUUCAUAACAACACAUUUCUCUCUCUCUCUCUUCAUCCCCUCUCUCUCUCUUUAUCUAUCUAUCUAUCUAUCUAUCUAUCUAUCUAUCUAACACAGUCUUUCAUAUCUAUCUACCUCAAUAUUUCCAUUAUCUAUCUAUCUAUCUAUCUAUCUAUCUAUCUAUCUAUCUAUCUAUCUAUCUAUCUAUCUAUGCUUGCUCUUUCCUUCCUUCCUUCAUUUCUAUCUAUCUAUCUAUACUUGCUCUUUCCUUCCUUCCUUCCUUCCUUCCUUCCUAUCUAUCUAUCUAUCUAUCUAUCUAUCUAUCUAUCUAUCUAUCUAUCUAUCUAUCUCUUUUCCCGCUUGUUUAUUUGA